GAGCAUUUGCCUCGCAAGCCAAGAGUCACUCAGCCCACAACUGCUCUUCAAGAACUCACACAGAUACGGACAACCCCCACCAUGGCCUCCAUCUGCACUGCUUGCUCUCGCCUCCUUCCCCGCCCAGCCAUCCCGUCAUCUUCUCGUCUUCCAGCCUCUCUUGCACGUCUUCCUCCACCUCGCCAUUUCUCUACUCUUCUCACUCCCUAUUUUCAACGUAGAGUACCUCGCUCCGACCCGAAACCUUGCCGUUUAGCUACUACAUCAGCUUACAAUUCUUCUCGUUCUGGUUUACCAGAUUUGCCACCUAUCCCUUCAAGGCCUAAUAUCAAAGUCUCUGCGCCGUCAUUAGCAGCGAUCAAAGAGGAGGGAUUUUAUGACGACGAUGUCAAGCUGUUGCCACCAGAAGAGGCGUUUUUGAACAUCACUCCAGAAGCUGUUCAACAAUUGACCAGGAUCACUUCACGUGAACCUUUAGAGGUCCUGAGUCAAGGUAAGCUUGCGUUGAGAGUGGGGGUAGAAAGUGGUGGGUGUCAUGGGUAUCAAUAUAUUAUGGACUUGACAGAAGAGAGAGGUGUCGAUGACUACGUCUUACAACCAGAGGGUGUGGCAUGUAUACCAGUUGUCAUCGAUCUCACAUCGUUCGGUCUUCUCAAAGGUGCUACACUUCACCACGCCACCGAGCUCAUUGGAUCUUCCUUUAGACUACAAGACAACCCGCAAGCUAAAGAGGGUGGCGCUUGCGGUUGUGGUGUAAGUUGGGAGGCCAAGUAGUCAUGCAUUCAUCGUUUCUGUCUUGAUUGCGGUCUGCAUUUAUCGCCAAGUAUAUAUUUUCACGCCCUCAUUCAACCCCGGUUUUUCUCCAACUUGAUUUCUCUCUUGUCCGCGUACCGGACUGGGAGGUUAUCGCAGCCGAUUCUGGCAAUGGAAGAUUUGUUUGCACUUCCUCAAACCAAUCAAAUUGUUCUAGACCUUUGUCAGAAUGACGCUUUGAGAGAGGUGGACCUUAUUUAGAGAGUAAACUUACCAUUAAGUUCUAAGCCGUUAGCUAUGAACAGUUUUUCG